AUGUUCUCAAACAUAAGCCAUAACACGUCAGAAAAAAAUCAUUCAAUUGAUUUCAACAAUUCUCACCUCUCCAACUUCGGAACCCCUCUUGAUCAGUCAACACCGGCAUUACUUUUUGGAAAACGAAAAGGGAACGUUCCAUCGACUUACACGAACAGUCCUUUAAGUGCUCCAUCUGCGCCGUGCGAAGAUAUUUUCGCUGUUGCUUCCAACCCCGUACCGCAACAUGUCAAAGAAACUCCCGGGUCCAAAUCGGUACACUGGUCUCCGGCUCUUGUGCAAUCCAAUGAGAAACCUGCUCCAAUUUCACAAAGCAACGCCACAAAUGUAUCCUUCGGAGGAAAUUCUUCGUUCAGCACAUCGCAACCUGCAAAACCAGCCCAAACGUCAUCAUUCGGAGGACCAGCAUUAAAUGCUCCACCACUUAGAUCACUUCGAGACAAAGUUGAGCCGGCCAAGAAAAUUGCUAGAAGAAACACAUUCGCAGCCAGAUCAACUCCUGUAUCCACACCAAACAGUCAACGGGUUACUUCACGCCUGGCUGAAACAGAUGAGGCUCCGAUCGAAGAAGAAACUGAUGCCACUGAUACCUGGGUUACUGUUUUCGGAUUCACUCCAAGUCAGGUUUCGAUCUUAUUGAAUUUGUUUUCGCGUCAUGGAGAAGUAGUCAGUCAUCAAGCACCAUCUAAAGGAAAUUUCAUGCAUAUUCGCUAUUCAUGCGCUACUCAUGCCCAACAAGCACUUUCUCGAAAUGGAACUCUACUAGAUCAGGAUACAUUUAUCGGUGUUGUACAAUGCACCAAUAGAGAUGUUAUCAAUGGUUCGGCAUCGGGUAUUGUUGCUCGUACCUCUACAACCGCAGCAGCUGCUAAUCGAUCCAUUUCCAUGUACAAUUCGUUCGUCGAUGGCGAUGUGGCUGACCAAUCCUCACAUCAUAACGAAAACAGUGUAAUGAAUUCAUCGAACAUUUUUGAACCAAACAACUCACUGAACUCUUCUCGAAUUUCUGUUCGCUCUGGAGUCGGUAUGCGCCCAUUGGUUUCUGACCAACGGAACAAUGCAACAACGAACCGUAAGGCGCAAGAUGGACUACUCAACAAGUUAUGGAACACAAUGGGACUCAACUAA